UGUUUUGAAAACUGAGAGGCAGUCGAGAAUGGGGGCAACUCUAAACAGGCUUCUGUUUUAUGUGUGUGCGACUUUCUCCAUAAUUCAUCUUGCUCACUCUCAGAAUCAACAAGGAUUCAUCAGCUUAGACUGUGGAUUACCUUCUAAUGAGUCUCCUUACAACGAACCCUUUACCAAUCUGACAUACAUAUCUGAUGCCGGUUUCGUCCACAGCGGAAAAACUGGUACCAUCCACAAAGACUUGAAGACACACUUUAUGAAGCCAUAUACUGGUUUGAGAUACUUUCCAGAUGGAAUACGAAACUGUUAUAAUCUUAGCGUGAUGCAAGAUACAAAGUAUCUGAUCAGGACUGUGUUCGUAUAUGGGAACUACGACGGUCUCAAUGCUUCUCCAAGAUUCGACCUCUAUCUCGGUCCUAAUAUUUGGAGAACCGUAGAUGCGAAAUUAUCGGGUCCAGGUACGGCUCAGGAGAUCAUUCACAUCACAAGAUCCAAUAUUUUGGAAAUAUGUCUUGUUAAGACAGGGACAAGCACACCACUAAUAUCAGCCCUGGAAUUAAGACCCUUACCAUAUGAUACUUAUAUUACUCGAACUGGUUCCUUGAAGUAUGUGGACCGAAUCUAUUUCAGCAAUUCGGAAAAGGGUGUACGUUACCCUGAAGACGUCUAUGAUCGUGCUUGGUCUUCAGUAUUGCCAGUAGAAUGGACGCAGAUAAACACAACCCUAGACGUUGUUGAUUCUCAUAAAGACUAUAACCCGCCACAAGAUGUCAUUAAGACUGCUGCCGUACCCGCUAAUGACAGUGAACCAAUGACCUUUUCUUGGACUUUGGACACUUCUGACGACGAGACUUAUGCCUACCUCUAUAUGGCUGACAUCCAAAAAAUGAGAAAUAACGAUACCAGGGAAUUUGACAUUAUCGCGAAUGGUAAAGUGGAAUUCAAUCCUUAUAGUCCUAUGAAGUUCGAAGUAGAGGUUUUGUUUAACAGAGUGCCUCUGAAAUGCGAGGGAGGGUUGUGUCGUGUGCAACUCUCAAGAACUCGAAAGUCGACUCUUCCACCCUUGAUGAAUGCUUUAGAGAUUUUCCAGGUCAUUGAGUUUCCACAAUCAGAGACGAAUCAAGAUGACGUGAGUGCUAUGAAGAAUAUCCGUGAUACUUAUGGAUUGAACAAAAUCAGCUGGCAGGGUGAUCCAUGUGUUCCUAAACAGUUCUUGUGGUCUGGUUUACGCUGCAACGUUAUAGAUGUGUCCACACCACCAAGAAUCGUAGCAUUAGAUUUGUCUUCAAGUGGAUUAAGUGGAGAUAUACCGCCUGUGAUACAAAAUCUUACUCAACUUCAAGAAUUGGACUUAUCGAGAAACAACUUGACUGGAGAAGUGCCUGAAUUUCUAGCCAAGAUAUUGAAAUCAUUGGUGGUCUUAAACUUAAGUGGAAAUAAAUUUAGUGGCCGCAUUCCUCAAGCCCUGCUUGAUAGGGAAAAAGAAGGACUAAAGCUAACUCUUGAUGGAUAUCUAAGGACAUGUAAAUCAUGCAAAAAAAAAUUCCCCAUGGCGGCUGUUGUUGGUGCAUCUCUUUCUUUUGUGGCCAUUAUCAUUGCUGUUGUGGUCCUAGUCUUCAUUUUCAAAAGGAAAAAGCCAUCAACCUGUAAAGUUAAACGUCCAUCACUAGAAUUGAAAAACAGAAGAUUUACAUAUUCAGAGGUCAAAAAUAUGACUAAUCACUUUCAAGUUGUUCUUGGCAAAGGAGGCUUCGGUGUUGUUUGUCAGGGUUUUCUAAAUAAUCAACAAGUAGCCGUCAAAGUUCUCUCUCAGUCAUCAACUCAAGGCUAUAAGGAAUUCAAAACAGAAGUUGAACUACUUUUAAGAGUUCACCACGUAAAUCUAGUUAGCCUCAUCGGAUAUUGUGAUGAAGGGAAUGACUUAGCUCUAAUCUACGAGUUCAUGGAAAAUGGGAACUUAAAGGAACAUCUCUCAGGAGAACGUGAUGGCUCUGUUUUAAACUGGCGGAGUAGACUUAAAAUAGCUAUUGAGUCUGCUCUAGGAAUUGAAUAUUUGCAUAUUGGAUGUAAGCCGCCAAUGGUUCAUAGAGAUGUGAAAAGUACAAAUAUAUUGUUAGGACAACAUUUUGAAGCCAAACUUGCCGAUUUUGGACUUUAGAGAUCUUUCCUUGUGGGAAGUAAAAAUCAUAUAUCAACAACAAACGUUGCUGGAACUAUUGGAUAUCUUGAUCCCGAAUACUAUCAAAAGAAUUGGUUAACGGAGAAGAGUGAUGUUUACAGUUUUGGGAUUGUGUUACUGGAGAUUAUCACUGGCCAACCGGUGAUUGACCAAUCACGUGAAAAUUCUUACAUAGUGGAAUGGGCCAAGUCUAUGCUGGCAAAUGGUGAUAUUGAAAGUAUUAUGGAUCCGAAACUCCAACGAGAAUAUGACACAGGUUCAUCUUGGAAAGCUCUGGAAUUAGCAGUGUCAUGCAUUAACCCUUCUUCCACAGAGAGACCAAACAUGACAAGGGUUGCUCAUGAACUAAAUGAGUGUUUGGAAGUAUAUGAGAACCUAAGUAAAAGAAGGAGCCAAAAUGCAAAUUCAUCCAAGUCCACGGGACAUAGCAUAAGCUUCGCCAGUGUCAGUGACACUCCUUCAGCUCGUUAAUCUUUUCAUCUAUUUGUUUUUUCCUUCUUUGAAAGGUACUCGAUCUCCACAGGUUGCAUUUAAGUCUGUA